AUGUCUACCGAGGAAGCCAAGGUCAAGCUCUACUGGCUCGAGCAGUCGCGCUCGCAACGCAUCCUCUGGCUCCUCGAGGAGCUCAAGGUCAACUACGAGGUCGAGAUCUUCCACCGCAACAAGCAGACGUUCCUGGCGCCCCCGGAGCUUGAAAAGGUGCACCCGCUCGGCAAGUCGCCCGUCAUCGCCAUCACGCCCCCCGGCGCCGGCGCCGAUGCCAAGCCCAUCGUCCUGGCCGAGAGCGGCUGGAUGACCGAGUACCUCUGCACGCACUACCCGGAGGGCGAGCGCCUCGUCCCAAAGCGCUGGCAGGACGGCAAGGAGAACACCAUCGGCGGCGAGACUGAGGCCUACCUUCGCCAUCAGUACUAUCUGCACUACGCCGAGGGCACCCUGAUGCCGUAUCUGGUCAUGUCUCUUGUCAUUGGCCGCCUCAAGGGUAACGACAUCCCUUUCUUCGUUCGACCGAUUACCUCCAUGGUCGCCAACAGGAUCAUCGCGUUGUUCAUCGCCCCCAACAUCAAGAAGAACCUCGCCAUGCUCAACGACCACCUCUCCACCUCGGGAGGCAGGUUCCUCUGCAACGACCAGCUGACCGCGGCCGACAUCCUCAUGAGCUUCCCCCUCAUCGCGGCCAAGUCUCGCUUCAGGGAUGUUGCGCCGGGCUGGGAAGAGACAUAUCCCCGCAUUUCCGAGUACAUCAAGACGCUGGAGAGCUGCCCGGGCUACAAGAAGAGCAUUGCAAAAGUGGAGGAGCUGGACGGCAAGUUCACGGCUUCGCUGUAG